AACUAAAAUUUCAAGUGAACAAAACAAGAAAAUUGACACAACAAAGGGUAGUAGGGAAGGCACACCAAUAAUUGUUAGGUGCAAAAUUCUGAGGUUCCAAUUCAAUCAUCAUCACCACCAAAUUAAUAGUUUCUCUCAAUAUCACAAACAAGUCUUCUCCUCACCGCCUAUGUCUUUCUGGAUUCAUCAAAAAUCGACACUAGUUUCUAUUCACAAGUUUUCAUAAUUUCAUCUUAUAGAAGAAAAGAGAAAAACAAAAGUCGAUCUUCAGAACAUAAACAAUAAAGAUUUAAAAUCUUGGGUUUUUUUUAGAAAAAAAAUAAUACUCAGGGCGCUUUUUGUUGGUUUGAAGCAAUUUGUGAUUUGGGUUUUUGAUAUAAAUAACAAAGAUGGUGAAUUUUAGGAACAUGGAGGAAUUCUGGCUAUUCUACAUGAACCAACACUCAAAACCUGCAACAAGAAGAUGGCAUUUUGCAGGGACACUUUUAAGUAUUAUGUGUAUGAUAUAUGCAGUUUUGUUUAAUUGGUGGUUGCUGUUCUUGGUGCCUUUGCUGGGUUAUGGUUGUGCUUGGUAUAGCCAUUUCUAUGUUGAAGGAAACAUACCUGCAACUUUUGGGCAUCCAGUUUGGUCGUUUUUGUGUGAUUAUAAGAUGUUUGGGUUGAUGCUUACUGGUCAGAUGGACAAAGAAAUCAAAAGGUUAGGUAAAAGACCUGUCUUGCAACUCUAUUGAUUACUUUUUAGUUUUCCAUUUUUCGGUUUGGAUUUGGUUUACUUUACUCAUAUACAUGUAACAAUAAUAAUAAUAAUAGCAUAUUUGGUUUGCACUUCCAUCUGAAUACUCUGUCUCUUCUUUUUGUUGUUCUGUAAUUUGUAUAUAUAAUACAGAAUCAAUAUAGUGUUUGAUGUAUAAUUGCAGUUA